AUGGGUGUUGAAAUUCAGCGUCUCGGCGGCGGCGACGGCAAGACCUUCCCCAAGCCCGGUGACAAGGUCACCAUCCACUACGUUGGCACCCUCACCGACGGCACUAAGUUUGACUCGUCGCGCGACCGCAACGCGCCGUUCCAGUGCGUCAUUGGUGUCGGCCAGGUCAUCAAGGGCUGGGACGAGGGUGUCCCCCAGCUCUCGCUCGGCGAGAGGGCCAUCCUCACCGCCUCGCCCGACUACGCUUACGGCGCCCGCGGCUACCCCCCCGUCAUCCCCGCCUCGGCCACCCUCAAGUUCGAGGUCGAGCUCCUCAAGAUCAACUAG